AUGAGCUCAGAAUUAGAGGCAGGAGGCUUCUCCUUCCGAGGGGACUAUCAGGAGAACCGGCCCGUGUUUACUCUUGGGUAUCAUGACUCUAAGAGAGAACAGCCACUCUCAGAGAUGCAAUAUGGAUACCUACUGAACCAAGAUUUUUCUGUGGCUACUACGCCAAUCACCAAUAGCCACUUCAAGUCCAGAGUCUUCAAGGUUGUGUCGGAUCAUCUAGCAACGUUAAAGGCCAAUGGCGAAAAGGGAACGAGUGAGGCCACGGCCAAUCGAGCAGACCCUAUUCUUCUGCCUCUCACUCCGGAAGACACUGGCAUGUUCCCCUCUCAAGCCGUCAACACCUAUGUCGCCUACACGAGCCCCUGGAUUGAUCUUUGCUCGACUGACCCGGUCAUUGCCAACAUUUCUCGCCAGGUGCUUAACCUCGAGAUUAACUAUGCAAGCUGGUGUGGCGUGAAAAGCAUCAUCAUCACAGGACCUGGCCGAGACGCUUCCAAGGAUGGGGGAAGCCAGGGGAUCGCACAGUAUUCUCGGGCUGUUCAAGAGGCCUUGACUAUUGCCCCCGCCAUUACCAUCCUGAUUCACAUACCCAUGUACCGCGAACCACCUGUUGGGACACAGGCUGAGACCCUAUCCUCACUGAAUGGAGAGGAAGCGUCCAAGUCUUCGGGAAGAGACAUUGAUAUAUUUACUACUUGGGAUUCUUGGCAUCAAAUCAGAUCAGUUUGCAAAUACAACCCAAGGCUCCUCGUUGCACUUAAGAUGCCAAGAGUCGUGCCAGAGAAAGAUCUGCAAAAUCGAUGGUUCUGCGAGCCUCUUCACUACCUGACCUUCAGCCCCGAAGUUUUCCAGAAGAACAAGAUUGGCUAUCCUAGCCUUACCAAAAACCACCAGGAGGUCAUUUUUGCCUAUAUGCGCUUGAAGAAUGCCCCUUGGCUUUUACUUUGCGACGUCGGCCCUGAUGUGCGACACAUUACCGAAGACGGUAAAGAUGAGAAUGCACCUUUAACAGAGGCUGAUUUCCCCAGCUUGGAAGAAGCUCAUAAGCCCGCCUUUCGCGUGGCUACCGAGUCUAAUGUUCACUGCGAUUACUUGCGGUGGCUAGAAAGGCAGCAACCUCCAUUUUCAGUACUAGAGACACCCAUCCUUACCAAUUUUCAGGAUUGGCUACAGUCACCGCUGCAGCCCCUGUCGGACAACCUGGAAUCGGCAACUUACGAAGUGUUUGAAAAUGAUGCCAUUAAAUAUGACCAAUAUGAGUUAGCCAUCGCAGAGGCUUUGAAAGAGUGGAGCGAAUUGAAGCUCCCAACCUCCAAGCCUGGCGUUGUCGUCAUGGCAGUCGCUGGCUCUGGCCGUGGCCCUAUAGUGACCAAGGCUCUCAAGGCAGCAGAAUCCACCGGUGUCAAGGUGGAAGUUUGGGCCGUCGAGAAGAAUCCCAAUGCGUAUGUAUACCUCCUUCGCCAGAACGCUCAGAAAUGGGGCGAUUCUCCUGAGACUAGUCCGGUAUAUGGCAAAGUUGAUAUCCUCAUUUCUGAACUCCUCGGCUCUUUUGGCGAUAACGAACUUUCCCCCGAAUGUCUGGAUGGCAUCCAGCAUGUUCUGGCAAAGCCUCACGGCAUCUCAAUCCCGCAGUCUUACACCGCACACCUGAGUCCUAUUGCCACACCUAAGCUGUACACGGACAUUAGCGCAAGAGCUCAGACUGACUCCAAUGCCUAUGACACUCCUUGGGUGGCAUGGGAGUUUUCACACCCCAUUCCCGAUUCAACGCUUGAGGCCAUCACAGCACGGCGGUCCGGAGGAGUUGUUGGCGGAACUGGAGGGUCCAUGGCAGGCGCUGCGGGAGCAAACGACCAUAACUCUAGGUUCUGCCACCUCACAUUUGUUGCCCGUACUCGUGGAGUUGCCCACGGACUGGCAGGAUAUUUCGAGUCUACCUUGUACGAGUUAAAGGCAGGCCCGAACAAGGGCAGGAAAACGGAGAUUAGCAUUCACCCGGAACGAAUUGAUGCGAAGAGCAAGGACAUGGUAUCUUGGUUCCCUAUAUUCUUCCCUCUCAAGCAACCCCUUUACUUCCCCGCGGAUACUGAGCUGGAGGUGAGCAUGUGGAGACAGACCGACGAUACCAAGGUCUGGUAUGAAUGGCUUGUGGAGGCGUGGACCUGGGUUGGGCCUUCGACACGUGUCAAGGUAGCAUCUUCAGAGCUUUGUAGUAGCCGGAAGCUGGCAUGUCUGAUGUAG